AAAAUUAACUUCCUUCGAGGUGUGCUGACUGCGCUUUUGUUAUGGCAUGCUGGCAUGGAAAUUCUGAUGAGGGCAUGUGGUUGCAAGGUUUUAAGUCUACAAUUAAAUGUGUAAAGUCAGUAUAGCCUACCCAGUUGUAUAUGUUGUUUAGAUUUCAUGCCCAAGGGAGUAAACCCAUGUUUUGUUCAGAAGGUUUAAUGCCCAGGGAGUUCAAUUAUAUGCCUUGCUUUCCUUCGUUGCUUAAGUGGAUCCUUUGGCUUGGCUUACUUUCCUUUUGCCAAAUAGGUAGAUAUUAGUGUAUACACAAAAAUACAAUUGUCAUGCUGUCAGCCAGCUGCAAGCAUUAUGUCUGGAUGUGUAUUCAAACACUGUGUAGCCUACUUAAAGCCCAACUCUUUUGUGUCACUUAUACUGUAAAUAAUAUAAGCUGUCUGAAUAAUGUAUUUUUAAUUUGUAAUAUAUGGUCCCCAUCGCCUCAAAAUUUGGUAGAUAUUGUUAUUUAGUUGAAUAAAACAGUUUCACAGAAUGCCUUUAGAUUUCAUAUGUGUGGUAGGCCGUAGAACAUACACUUAUCAAUGAACUAAGAAACUGUGGGGGGCAUUGUAUUUAAGAACAGGAAAUUGCAUUUGUCAGAGAAUGGGGCUGUAAAUUGUUUAUCAGCAAGUUUCUCACGUCCCUCUAAACAGAGAGACAAUCUAUUACCAUUUAUACCAGUUCCUUGUCAGUGUCAAAUGUUGUUUUUUUAACCAAGAUAAAAAUCUCAGCCCAUUGUUCCAAAUAAAGCCAGGACAGACCUGGGUUGGCUCUCACUUGGUUGAGCUAUUUAAGCGCUGAGGUUCUGAAGACCCUCAGGAAGGCUGCAUCCUGUUCGUGCCUAAUGGGAAAGACUUCUCAUGAUGUGGGUGUACUGGUUAUUCACUAGUAUUGUUGCCUUUCAUAUUAGCUGUAUACGCAGUCAUGUGUGCCCAAAGAAAUGUGUGUGUGAGCAUACAAAGUCAAUGCAGUGUUUCAGAAUACAAGCUGUACCCACUGGUAUCUCAUCGGAUGUGACUAAACUGAAUUUGGCCUACAACCAUAUCAAGGAGAUUAAGGGUAGAGACUUCAUAGGCCUGUCAGACCUGCAGGAGGUGGGCCUCUCGUCCUGUGGUGUGGAACAAGUGGAGGUCAACACCUUCCAGGCACAGCCCUCUUUACGGGUUCUGGACCUGCAGAAGAACAAGCUCCGCCACGUGCCCCGUGGUCUCCCGUCCAGCCUAGAGGUCCUGCGUGUGGGCCACAAUCACAUCCAUGCCCUGCAGGGGGCUGCCUUCGAGGGGCUCCAUCGUUUACGAGUGCUGGACCUCCAGAGCAACAUGAUCACCGCCCUCCGAGCCAACAGCCUCUCCGCCCUGGUGAAACUUGAGUGCUUGUAUCUGGAUGGAAACCUCAUUGAGGUGGUCAACGGCGCCCUCCGGCUACCACAGCUGAACCUGCUGAGCGUGGCCAGCAACCGCAUCUCCUCCUUGUCCUCUGCGUUCUUCGCCUCCCUGCAGUCGCUCAGAACUCUCCAGCUGUCAGGGAACCUCCUGACGCGGGUGCCCCACGACCUCCCCAGGGCACUACUCCACCUUGGCCUGGACCGCAACCAGAUCCGGGCCCUCCGGAACCGGGACAUGGCCCAUCUGAGGAACCUCACGGUGCUCUCGGUCUCGGCCAACAAGGUUUCGUCCGUUGACGGGGGCCUCCGCCUGCCCAACCUGACCUCACUGGAGCUGUCGGGAAACCAGCUAAAGGUGCUGCCCAGCAGGCUUGCCCCUAAGCUGGAGACGCUCGACUGCAGGCAGAACGCCUUGCAGGAGGUCACCUAUCAGCACCUGUCUGGGAUGCGACACCUGAAACAUCUAUUUCUGGAGAACAACACCAUUAGGCAUUUUGAGGCCAAUGCUCUGAAGAACUGCCUCCAACUUACAAACCUAGCCUUGGAACAGAACCUCCUCACCAGUAUUCCAGAAGGCCUCCCUGACACAUUAGUUCGUCUGGACCUGAAGCAGAAUCGCAUCUCCACCAUCCGGGAACAGGAGAUGAAAACUUUGAAGCGUCUGCAGGUCUUGAACCUGCGGAACAACAGACUGUCCUCCCUCAGCCUGAGAUUGGUGGCUCACCUGCCCCGCCUGCAGAGGAUGUUCCUGGGAGGAAACCCCUGGAACUGCACCUGCGAGCUGGUCCGUGUGAAGCAUGCGCUGAUGGUGCGGCAAGUGGACAUCGGGGAGGAGCUGUGCGUGGAACCUGCACCAACACUAGGGGAACACUGGCGGGUAUCUCUUCUGGAGCAACACAGAUGUGAAGAGGAUACUGUGGAAGAUGCAGAGGACUCUGACCCAGAGGAACAGACAGAGAAUGAGGAGUAUUAUGACUACGAUGUGUGACCUCAGUAUCAACUUGCUGAUUAUUCUGUGGUUAUGCCUAUGCAUUAAGUUUCAGCCAGCAUGUUUCUGUGAGCAACAUAGAUGAAUGAGAUAGGAAAAUCAGUGUAAUGUCUUUAAAAAGUGCAAUUUGGUUAUGAACCUAUAAAAUGUGUUGAUGAAUUGAUACGUGUCUGAAUAAAAAUGUUUAAAUUCCA